AAGGCGCCUCGAGUGGAGCGUACCCCCAGAGGUUUGGCGUUGUUUAUGUUUGGGUAGAGUAGGCGGUCUAAAAUGUUUGCAAAGUGGAAGGAAGUUUUUGUGCGGGAUUACACUUGGUUCAACAGGAAGGAAGAGGACGACGACGACGAUGGCGACGAUCUUAAAAUUUAUGGUCCCCGCAUCCUACAACCGCAAAUGAAUGAGAAUAAUCUAAAAAUAUUUAAGUCUCAUGAUUCCUCGCAACUUAUGCAGAAUACUAACAGUGAUACGGAGUUGAAAGUAGCAAGAUUUAUGAUGUAUUUUUCAUUCUCAGUGCUUUGCUCGAAGAUAUAUUUCGGUUACAGAAAAACUUUUGAUACAUGGAGUGUUAAGCUGUUGUCUUUAUUGUCAGCUGUAUGGCAUCUUGCAGUGGACCUCAAAUGGUUUCUAAUACCACUUUUGACGGGCUUGCUGAUUACAUAUGUAACGUGGGUUGUAAUUUAUUAUGACAGCAAAGUACCAGGAGUGCAACCGCCAAGUCCCUUCAGUGCGUCGAAAACUUCAGGAAGGCGUUGGCACUCUUGCUAUAUUGCUGCUGUUGCAAAUGGCAUCAUAUUUUUCACAAUUUUGCUUUUGCUUUACCAGUGAAGUGUCAAUAAAAACUGUUUUAUCUCAUCAGACAACUGAAAUUGGAAGACAAUGUAAUGCAAGGGAACUCUCCUUUUCAUGGCACAUCUUAAUCUACUUCAUAAAACAUACAAAACCCAUGCUUUAAACAAACUGGAAGAAGGUGAUUUGAUUAAAUUUGAAACUUAAAUUUGUCUUAUUGUUACAGUUUGUUUUCAAGAACAAAGAUUUUUUGUUUUGUUAUUCAGCAGUGCUAUUAACACUAGUUUUCAAAUUGAUUUCAUAUUUUUUUGGAACAUAUUUUAAUGUAUUUUAUGCAUUCAGUAUUCUGAAGGAACAUGUAUUUUAAAACUUCAUUGAAAACAUGCUGUGUCGUGGCCACACUUUCAAAAUGGCCAUAAAAUAUUAGAGGAAGCAUUUGUGAAUUGAUGUAUCUUUCUCAAUGUUUCUCCUUUGAUUAGCUUUACAAUUCUUUGAACGUAUUUGUUGUGUUGUGUAUUAUAUGAUGAUAGAAAUUCUAUAAGAAUAGUUGCUAUCUUUUUUUAAUCUCUGGUGUUUCUUAGGGUCGAUGUUUUGUUUCUUUUCUUACUCCCCUUUUUUUUUAAAAAAAAAAAAAAGAAAAAAGUAAAUAAUGCAAGAAAAGUUCUUGAAGGAGUGUAAACUGUGCCAAAAAUUUUCAGAACAUAUUUAUUAACUUUCCUCAAGGAGGAAUAGCAUUAUAUUUCAUUUUAUGUGGCUGUUUGUACGCUUUGUGAUACAUGUAUUUCAGAAAGCUGUAUAUCAUUACCGAUACAUAAUGAAAGACUGCAGUAAUCAUCUUGCACAUGUGUUUUGUGGAUCACACUUACUCGCAACUAUUGUUCUUGGCUUUCAAAGGACUGCCAUAAAGUUCAUCAUCAUAGAACUGAUGACUAAUAUUUUAUAAGUCUAAACAAAAAUCUUUUAAGUUGCUGAACUUAUUUUCAGCAUAAUCAUCUAAUAAAUAUGUGGCACCAUAAUGUCAUAAUUAUGUAUCUGGCAGUCAGAAAAGAAGUUAGAAGAUCAUGUGUUAUACAAAUAGAUCAUGUGUUAUACAAAUAGUCUUUUAUUUGACUCUGCUUUACUUAAUUUACAAGGUACAUAGAAAGUUAUAAUAAUUCAUGAAAAUAGACAAAAUUUAAGACAAAAUUGUCUAAUAAAUAGAUUGACAUAAGAGAAGGCCGCAGAUAAACACAAACAAAAAUGUGCAGUCCUAAAGCACAACUGCUGACGAUUGACAUUAGUCAUAAAAUAUGUUCCAGACAUGUCACUGAUAGUUGCUGGAUGAAGAACUGUCUUUGGUACUUAACUUGCUGUAAGAAGUACACAAAAAUAUUUAAUUACAAGACAUUUAGUGUACUGUUUGAAAUGUGAUACUCUUGAUCAGCAGCCCCAAAGAUGAAAUUGAUUAUAUUUAUGCAUUGUUAUGUAACUUUAAGAUGUUUUAUAUAUCACUGAAUCAUCAUCAUAUUCAUAUUUUUAUGAAAUUUUGUGAAGAGAUAGAUCUGGCUCUCUAACUCCCUUGUAACUAGUGAAAUUGCAAUAAAUUCGACAUAACCAUUGUUUAAAAGUGUUGUUAGUACAUCUUUUAAUAUUUGGUGCAUGUUGAUUAAGUGUAUAAUCAUUUGAUUAUUUUAUAAUUUUCAUGGGUGAUUGUAUGCCGUAUAAUUUAUUAUUCAUGCUCAUUAUGGAGAAAACAGUACCUGGUGGAUAACUUAUCAACUCAUUGUAUGAAUCAUAUAAGUUUGUGAUGUUAUUGGUUUGGCAUGUUGCUGAAUGGACAACAAUAUAAAGAAAUUCUAAGAUGCUACAAGACUUAAUUGUAAAUAGUUUCAAAAAGUAUUUUCAGGCUACAUACUUAUCUAAAUUUAAAGAGGGUGCUUUUUUUGUAUCAAAAAAUAAUUGAUCUCAGUGUGUUUGCAAAAUAAUAUUGUGUGUUAUAAUCAGUUGAUGUGGUUGAGUGGUAAUUAAUAUUUUUGUUUGAUUGUUUUAGAUUUAUACAUUAAUGAAUCACAAAUAUUGUUUUUGUGCAUGGUGAAAGAUUACAUUUUCUACAGAGUGUUUUUAAUGGAAAUACA